AUGUCUAUGACCAGAGUACCCAAACAGAGGAUGUCUAUGACCAGAGUACUCAAACAGAGGAUGUCUAUGACCAGAGUACUCAAACAGAGGAUGUCUAUGACCAGAAGUACCCAAACAGAGGAUGUCAAUGACCAGAGUACCCAAACAGAGGAUGUCUAUGACCAGAGUACUCAAACAGAGGAUGUCUAUGACCAGAGUACUCAAACAGAGGAUGUCUAUGACCAGAGUACUCAAACAGAGGAUGUCUAUGACCAGAGUACCCAAACAGAGGAUGUCUAUGACCAGAGUACUCAAACAGAGGAUGUCUAUGACCAGAGUACUCAAACAGAGGAUGUCUAUGACCAGAGUACUCAAACAGAGGAUGUCUAUGACCAGAGUACUCAAACAGAGGAUGUCUAUGACCAGAGUACUCAAACAGAGGAUGUCUAUGACCAGAGUACUCAAACAGAGGAUGUCUAUGACCAGAGUACCCAAACAGAGGAUGUCUAUGACCAGAGUACUCAAACAGAGGAUGUCUAG